UCAAUUAGAAAAUUUCUCUCUCUCUUUUUUUUAUAUAUAUAUAUAUAAAAGGGAGGCUUAGAACAUAGCCGCCCAGCUUUUAUUGAGGACCGACUCCUCUGUCCCAUUCUUGCGAUCGGGGAAGCCCUUUUGUUCUAUUUUUUUUUUCCUUCUAUUUUUCUCCAGAUCCGGAGUGCUUCCAGCUGAGGAUAUAUUCUUUAAGUGGAGUCUUUAUGUAUAAUGGCAUUUGGAAGAAGCCCACGGACCGACAAUAGGAGGUCAUCUUCGCAAUGCUCAACGGCUACCCUCAUCGUGUUUGUUGCUCUUUGCUUGGUGGGGGUAUGGAUGAUGACAUCAUCAACUGUAGUUCCUGUCGACAUGUCUUCAUCAGGGAGCAAACAACAGGUUUCUCAGACUGAUUCUAAGCAAUUUGAGGAUACUUCAGGAGACAUACCUGAUGGUGUGAUGAAAAAGGAUGCCAACAUUGAUGAGGAUGAGUCUCCAAAUGAAACUGAUUCUGAGCCUGCCCAGGACCAGAAUGCGCCAGAGAAAACCACGGAAAAGAGGAGCCAAGAAAGCACAGAGGAUGAUUCAGAAAAUGGAUCAAAUGGCCGGGCCUUUAGUGAUGAAAAUGGGAAGGGUGAAGGUGGAGAAAUAGCUAAGAAAGGUGAAGACACAAUUUCAGAAGGUGGUGACAUGAAUACCACUGGUCAGGAGGAUGGACAAGACAAAAGCAAAGAACAAAAUUCUGCUGAAAACGCAGACAAUGAGCAGGAAGAUAACAAAGAGAAAAAUCCUGGUGAAAUAGCAAAUGAUGAUCAAAAGAAGAAUCCACAACAAAAUCCUGAUGAAUCUAACAGUAAUGAGCAACAGGAAGAUGGCAACAACACUGAUGGUAAUAUCGAUGAAACUGCAAGUGAUGAGCAAACCGAUAACUUUGAACAGAAAACUGAUGAAACUAAAAGCAACGAGCAACAACAAUCAGACAGCGACAAGAUACCCAUGCAAAAGGAGGAACCUGAUGGUGACAAAGUGCAGGAUGGAAAGGAUCAAGGCCAAUUAGAGCAGGAGGUUGGACAAAACCAAGACAAGGAUGCUAAACAAAAUUUUAGAGACAUCAAAACUGGGAACCAGACAAAGGAUCAACUUCCAGGCGAGGUGUUUCCUGAUGUAGCUCAGUCAGAGCUUCUAAAUGAGACCAAUACUCAGAAUGGGGCAUGGUCUACUCAGGCUGCAGAGUCGAGGAAUGAGAAGGAAGUGCAAGCUACUUCUUCAUCAGAGGGACAAAAUGUGGCAUACACUUGGAAACUUUGUAAUGUCACUACGGCAUUUGAUUAUAUACCUUGCCUGGACAAUGAGGAAGCUAUCAAGAAGCUUCGAUCCACUAGGCACUUUGAACAUCGAGAAAGGCAUUGUCCUGAUGAGGCUCCGACCUGCCUUGUCCCUCUUCCAGAAGGAUAUAAACAGCAAAUUGCAUGGCCGAAUAGCAGGGAUAAGAUAUGGUACCACAAUGUCCCUCAUACCACGCUUGCAGAUUUUAAGGGGCACCAAAAUUGGGUAAAGGUUACUGGAGAGUACCUUACUUUUCCUGGUGGUGGAACUCAGUUCAAGAAUGGUGCAAUCCGCUACAUCGAUUUCAUCAAGGAGUCUGUGCCUGCUAUAGCAUGGGGGAAGACAAGCCGAGUUGUAUUGGACGUCGGCUGUGGAGUGGCUAGCUUUGGAGGCUAUCUCUUUGAAAGAGAUGUGCUUACCAUGUCGUUUGCUCCUAAGGAUGAGCAUGAAGCCCAAGUGCAAUUUGCUCUUGAAAGAGGAAUUCCUGCUAUCUCAGCAGUCAUGGGCACCAAGAGACUUCCCUUCCCCAGCAGGGUCUUUGAUGUUGUUCACUGUGCACGUUGUAGGGUCCCGUGGCACAUUGAAGGUGGAAAGCUUUUGCUGGAGCUCAAUCGACUGUUGCGGCCCGGCGGUUACUUUGUCUGGUCUGCUACUCCAGUGUACCAAAAUAUUCAAGAAGAUGUUGAAAUCUGGAGUGCUAUGUCUUCGCUGACAAAGUCCAUGUGCUGGGAAAUGGUAAAUAAAACAGGAAAGGAAUUUGUCAACCAAGUGGGUUUAGCAGUAUAUAGAAAGCCCACCAAUAAUGAGUGCUACGAGAAAAGAACAGAAAACAACCCUCCGCUCUGCCAAGAAUCUGACGAUCCAGAUGCAGCCUGGAAUGUCCCCUUGCAAGCAUGUAUGCACAAACUGCCAGUGAGUCCUGCUGUUCGUGGAUCUCAAUGGCCAGAGGAAUGGCCACAAAGGUUGGAAAAAGCACCUUACUGGCUAAAUAGCUCACAGGUUGGGGUUUACGGUAAACCUGCCCCUGAGGACUUUGCAGUAGACUAUGAACACUGGAAGCGCGUUGUAAGCAAAUCAUAUCUGAAUGGAAUGGGAAUAAACUGGACCAUUGUGAGGAAUGUCAUGGACAUGAGAUCUGUAUAUGGAGGUUUUGCCGCUGCUUUGCGAGACAAGAAGGUGUGGGUUAUGAAUGUUGUCUCAAUUGAUUCACCAGAUACACUUCCUGUUAUUUAUGAACGCGGACUUUUUGGGAUGUAUCAUGAUUGGUGCGAAUCAUUCAGCACCUAUCCCCGAACAUACGAUCUUCUCCAUGCUGACCAUCUAUUUUCCAGGCUAAAGAAGAGGUGCAAAUUAUUGCCAGUAAUUGUCGAAGUGGAUCGGAUAUUGAGACCAGAAGGGAAGCUACUUGUGAGGGACAAUGCAGAGAUUAUUAAUGAAGUUGAGAGCAUAGCAAAAUCGUUGCAUUGGGAAAUCAGAAUGACCUACUCAAAGAAUGAUGAAGGAUUGCUUUGUGUUCAGAAGACAAUAUGGCGGCCAAAAGAAGUAGCGUCAAGCACGACACCAAUCUCUUAACAUGAAUGACAAAUUUAAUCAUUUUUUUGGUAGUUAACCCAUAUGGUGUUGAGCUGUUUCUGCUGCUUGCUUCCUCCAUUAUGGUUCCUUGUUGAGCAUCUGAGAGGUGAUUUGUUACAACUUGAUUGUUGGUUCUUAUGUUUUUGGUAAAUGCAUUUCACUUUCAAAACCUUAGGUCUGAUGUGUAUAGGGACACGGUAAUGCUAUGGGGUGUAGACCCUAACAUGAAAAAAAUAUUUUGUAUAACAUACUUCAGUGAGCUUAAAGUGCCUGUAGUAACUUGGUUCUUGCUGGUGAAUGGGGUAGGUGUGAGAAAUU